AUGCUGUGCUCGGCCCGAUCUGAGAGUUUCACCCUCUUUCCGAUCUCGACCUCGCUCGUAAUCGCGCGUUCCGCCUCCCCCCCAUCCUCCGCCACCCCCUCCCCGUCGUUCUCCCCUUCAUUUUCCUCCCAUCCCAUCUUCACUCCCGCUGCCGCUGCUGCUGCUCCCGCCGACCUCCCCUCUCUCCAUGCGCGUCAGUCCCCGGGGGCGCUCCUGCCGCAUUCGCCGCCGCAUUUUCCGCCGCAUCGCCCGGCGGCCAUGGCGACGCAAGCGCCUAAAGGGGCUGUGCAGACGCAGCCGCCGCGAGGGCCGGUGCACAUGCAGCAGCAGGCGCGUCUGCGCGUGUAUCUGCAGAGCCCGGGGGUGAUAGGCGACCCCUACCGCCCUCUUCCGCCAAUGCCCUUCCUUGCCAGCUGGUUCACAAAGGCGGGGUGGAAGAGACGCUGGGUCAAGUGGAGUGAUGCGCUGAAGACAGGGUACACGAUUGCCAUGCUGAGGCGCCACAACAGGGGAUACUCCCGGCACGGGCUCUAUAGGGAGCUUGCAGGCACCUACAAGCAGAUCAACCGUGCCAUUGCAGCAGAUGAUCGCACGGCAUUGCGACAUCUUGUAACCGAGAGUGCCUUCACGUCACUGAAGAGUUUCCUCAAGCAUCGCGCUGAGAGCGGUAUAGCCCGGGUGGACUGGCACCUGGUGGGGGCGUCUGAUGGCAACAGCAAGGCCGUUGUUCCUUCCAGCAACAAGCCUCCACUUUCGUUCAAGACCUUGCAAGCACGCCUGAUUUCAUUGGAGAAGAGCAAACCAGAGAAUGGCUUCGUACAGCUCACCCUUGAAAUCAAGAGCAAGCAGCGCAUUGCAGCGUAUGAUAAGCGCAAGAAGCUGAUUAGUGGGGAUCCAAAUGCUGAGGUCGAUGUGAAGGACAUCUGGGUGUUUGAGCGACACAUGCUGCACCCAGAGCUCCCAUGGAGGCUCUGUGGGCAGCUGGUAGAACCUCCCCCUCAAGCGGAUAAAUCUGGAAAGUAA